CGUUUGUCUUGUUAAUAAAGUUAUUGAAAGCUAGAUUUUCAAGAUGGCGGCGCCCGUCUGUCGAAACGCGCGCCCGGUGCUCCCGCGCUGGUCGGCGCUCUCCACACGUUUUCGCGGUUUUUCGUCGCGUCCCGCUCGCACACCAGUGAGGCCGGUGGAGAGCGCGGACGGCACCGGUGGUGGACUGAAAGCGGAGGAUUUAGCCGAGAAGAUACGCAGGGAAAAGCGAGAUGCAGCGGUGGAAAAGAAGCAGCAACAGCAGGUCCCCACCUCCCCUCUUCAGGAGCGUGUACGGGAGCUGAAAAAGUUGAGUGGCCAGCUGCAGCAAGUCCACCCCAAUGUCCUGGCCAAAGUGCUGAAGCAGGGGCUUUUGUUUGAAAAUGAGAAUCUCAUUGUGGUGAACAAGCCCUAUGGCGUCCCAAUGGAUGGUGGCCCUAAUGUGAAGAACAACAUAGCUGACAUCUUACCCACUCUUGCAAAGAUGCUUGGAGGGAUGCGAGCAGAGCCCCUGCACAUAUGCCAUAGAUUGGACAAGGAGACGACAGGUGCCUUUGUGCUGGCCAAAAGUCAGGGGGCUGCAGAAUGUAUACGCAAACUUUUGAAAACCCACCAACUGGAGAGAAAAUACUGGGCUGUGACUGUCGGGGUACCUGUUCCUUCAGAAGGAGUGAUUGACAUCCCAAUUGUGGAGAAGGAAAUUGCCGGACCUCAACCUCACUUUAAGAUGGCCCUGUCUCCUCUCUACAGACUGAAUGAGGAAUCUGACAAAAUGACUCGAAUUCGACCUGCACAGGGUGCUCAGAGUGCUGUGACACGAUAUGGCGUCUUGAGCAGCACAGGCAACAGCGCACUGCUGGAGGUGCAGCCAGUCACAGGUGUGAAGCAUCAGAUCCGCGUCCACAUGGCCUAUGGCCUGGGUUGCCAGAUUCUGGGAGACCACAAAUAUGCCCAUUGGAAUAAAUUAGCGCCUCAGAAACUUCCAGAAAGGAUGCUACAGAAGCUGGGACUGGAACAAGCCAAAGUACGUCAUCUGCCUCUUCACCUACAUUUACGCCAGUUGAUUUUACCAGGGGUCGAAGGCCAGGAGGAGAUCCGUGUAAUUUGCCCACUGCCAAAGUUUUUCUUUGGAUCAUUGAAGAAGCUGAAAAUCAAAUUACCAGACAAAGACAAAAAGUGAGGAAAUGGACCACUGCCAGGUGAGCGGAAGUUGAACAUCUAGGGUGUAGGCCUUGGACAUGCAGGCUGAAGUAAGUUGGAGUGCCUCAGAUUCUGUGCUUCUCUGUUUAUUUAAUGGUCCUGCACACCACACAUAUUCACAGAUGUUUCAAGGAGCUCAGACAACAUCUGGAGUCCAGCCUACCAAAUACCAGAGACUUAUGUUAAGCAGACAUUCUUCAUGUUGAAUGAAAUAUGUUAUUUCAAUGUAGAGUUGUGCUACAUGGGACAAAUACAUGUUAGUUUCGAUUCCUAAAAAAUAAGGGGCAAUACUUAGGCAGCUUUUUAUUAUGAGCCUUAUAAUGAUAGAAAUGCUGAUACAAACAUUGUCUGUGAAUUAAAUGGUUAUUCUAAAACUUGUUAAGACAACUUCAAGGGCUGCUGGAGGUUUUGUGUUUCACAUUCUCCACUCCUAAAGGGUUUACUCUCUGGUUGGCUUCUGAGUAUUGGUGUAGAGCCUGGAUGAAAGUCCUUUGUGUCGAAUUUUUAUCUUUUAAAAACCACAUUGGGCCCUAUAUCCAAGCUAAUGUUCCUGGUUGGCCUGCUUGUAAAAUCCACUGUAGGCCCUGGCUCCAAGCCCAUUGUCAAAAUGACCACCUUCUAAAUACUGGUACCGAUCCUGACUGCAACUCCAUUGUCCUGACUAGAAAUUGACCAAAGAUUAGAUAGGCCGUGCUUUCAAGCCUGUUGACAUAAUUAGUCAUCUUCUGGAUACUGGUACAGGCAUCAAAUACAAACCAUUGUGCUGAAUUGCCACCUUACGAACAUCACUACAGGUCCUGCCUCCAGACCUUUUAUCUUGAUUGACCAGCUUCUGAAAUGGUUUAGGCCAUAAAUCCAAGCCCGUUUGUGCAAGUUGGUCAACUUCUAAAGACUGGUACAGGAUCUGUUUUGAGCAGCUUCCAAAGCCCUUCCCUUCAGAUCCAUUUCCCUAAUUGGUCAGCCUCUGAACAUCUUUGAACCUGUGAUCCUGACCAAUGUGACUUCCUUCAACGAGGCUCUGUCAUAUGUUCGACAAGGUAAUUUUAUUUCUGUGGCCUCUAGGGCACAACAUUGUUUAUUUGUGCCUAUUUUUUUGACUUUUCACUUUAUGGGGCCUGGUUAAUUCUCAAUAAAUACAUCUUUCUGUUGUUUUUGUAUAUUUUAAUUAUUCACACCAAUAAGUGGAGCAUGUUUUCCAGCAAUUGUUUUAGUAACUUCAGUCAGAUUCAUGGGAUGAGUUAUCAGAUUAACUUUUCAGUGACGGACUCACAUUUGUGAGCUUAUUUUUGCAAUAUAAUGGAUCCCAGUAGUAAACUCAUAGAAGGCAAUGCGGUGUUAAGUUUGAAUUGAUUCAGUGCAUAAUAUUUAAGUCUCCCCUUUAGACUGUUAAUGAAGUCAGUUUAAAUCCAAACAGCCUAUAGAUAAAAUAAUAAAUUGUUCUUUUAAGUUUUCCUAA